CUACCAGAUUCUAUUUGUUAAAACUGAGUCACUCAGUACAGCUCCCAUGCAAAGUUUGCUUGUAGUUCUCAUUGUGAGAUCACAAGUGGAGGCUCCAACCAGUCCAGAAGUUCCUUUCUAUGGGGAAGCUGUGGCAGCAAGGCCGUGAAGAGAGUCUGACUUAAUUGCAAUGGGAGACAAGGAGAUGUGAUCAGGGAGGAGAACACAGAAGACUUCUAAGAUACCAGUAAUAUUUGAUCUGUUCUUAAAUCAGGAGGAGAUUCAGAAGGUCAGAGGCACCAAUGUGAGGUUCCACCUGCUUUCCAGCACAUUCUUGGUUUCCUCACUUCUGCUAGACAACGUUUGAUCAGAAGGAACAAGGAACGAGAAGGAGCUACUGGAUGAUGAUAAGCCUGGGAAAGGGAGGCUGGGCGAGCAGAGACAGAAAAGAAACACCCACCUACUGUGACAUCACAAACACCCAGCCUGAGUUUUGAUAAGACAGGUUGAAUCACACUAGGGUGACAGCCUCAUCCCUCCAGGUACAAACAAGAACAGGCCAUGGUUAACCAAAGCUCCCCCAUGGGCUUCCUCCUUCUGGGCUUCUCUGAACACCCAGCACUGGAAAGGACUCUCUUUGUGGUUGUCUUCACUUCCUACCUCUUGACCCUGGUGGACAACACACUCAUCAUCCUGCUGUCUGUACUGUACCCCAGGCUCCACUCUCCAAUGUACUUUUUCCUCUCUGACGUCUCCUUCUUGGACCUCUGCCUUACCACGAGUUGUGUCCCCCAGAUGCUGGUCAACCUCUGGGGCCCAAAGAAGACCAUCAGCUUCCUGGGCUGCUCUGUCCAGCUCUUCAUCUUCCUGUCCCUGGGGACCACUGAGUGCAUCCUCCUGACAGUGAUGGCCUUUGACCGAUACGUGGCUGUCUGCCAGCCCCUCCACUAUGCCACCAUCAUCCACCCCCGCCUGUGCUGGCAGCUGGCAUCUGUGGCCUGGGUUAUGAGUCUGGUCCAAUCAAUAGUCCAGACACCACCCACCCUCCACUUUCCCUUCUGUCCCCACCAGCAGAUAGAUGACUUUUUAUGUGAGGUCUCAUCUCUGAUUCAACUCUCCUGUGGAGAUACCUCCUACAAUGAAAUCCAGUUGGCUGUGUCCAGUGUCAUCUUCGUGGUUGUGCCCCUCAGCCCCAUCCUUGCCUCUUAUGGAGCCAUUGCCCAGGCAGUGCUGAGGAUUAACUCUGCCACAGCAUGGAGAAAGGCCUUUGGGACUUGCUCCUCCCAUCUCACUGUGGUCACCCUCUUCUACAGCUCAGUCAUUGCUGUCUACCUCCAGCCCAAAAAUCCAUAUGCCCAAGGGAGGGGCAAGUUCUUUGGUCUCUUCUAUGCAGUGGGCACUCCUUCACUUAACCCUCUCGUAUACACCCUGAGGAACAAGGAGAUAAAGCGAGCACUCAGGAGGUUACUAGGGAAGGAAAGAGACUCCAGGGAAAGCUGGAGAGCUGCUUAAUAUACUUUCAAAAGUUUUGGAUGGAGCAUGGCGUUUUCUGCCCCACACCCUUUAGGAUAUAGCUGAAGAAUAUAAUGAGGAAUAGCUGGAUUCUACAACUGACUCCUCACCAGUGGUAUAUUCCACAACAGUGUCACAGUCGUCUGGCCCCUUUUGUUUCCGUGUCAUCCUUUUUGGUGUGUAGGACAAGGAGCCAGGGAAUUGUCAAGUUUGGCUUUUACUUCUUUUUUAUAUGUAAAUAAUAAGC